AAUAACUUGCGAUGGAACAAUGCAUUCUUAUAUUCUUCACAACACGACCUGAAUAUCCCACCAGCAGUUCUUGACGCAGAAACAACAAGAUAUUUCAAAAAUGCAGGCGUCAUUUACACCGCAAGAACAGCAGCUUAUAGAUCAGUUACGGGAGAAGUAUGGUGGGAUUAAGGAGCGGCAAUCUGGCCAAAACGAUGAGGCUAGUGGAGGAUCAUGUAUGCCGUGUGAACUCACGGCCUCAGCAACGAGCCAGCACCAACCAUCGGCGAAACCAUCUGGAGCAAUUGCCAAAGUGGACGCAGCUGUCUGUGCGCAUUGUCAAGGAACAGGAACCCUGGUUGAGAUUUACAAUCACAGGCGAUUGGAGAACUUCUGCAAGCACUGCGAUGGCAGGGGCGUCCAUGUUUACAGAAACGGCAUGGAAGUGAAGGAAGGCAGCCGGGCGACCGGCAGCAGCAGCAGCGCCGCCACCAGCAGCAGCCGGGCGCAGGGGGCAGCCGGGGUGACCGCGCUCCACGGCAGGCUCAACGCGAGGUCCAAAGGGGCGCGGGGCGAGGGCGGCAGCGGCUCGGGCUCUGAUUGCGGUGAGGAGGCCGGGAGCGAGCGGGCGGCGGGCCUGCAGCGGGACCUGCAGCGCAUUGAGGAGCGUACGGCGGCCUACCUCAAGGAACGUGAGGCGGCACAAGCCCUACUGCAGCAGCCCCCGUCCAACAACGCCGCCCUAGGUGCUGCUGCGGCUGGUGAUAGCGGCAGUGACGAUGGGGGUCGCGAGGGCGCGGCUCGUGCGCUGGUAGCGCAGCUGGACCUGCAGCUAGAGCGGCUGGAGCUGCUGCGGCGGCGGAAGCAGGCGGCGCUGAGGAGGCUGCAGGGAGGGGCGGGUGCGGGUGCGGGGGCGGGGGCGACCAUUGACUCAAUUAUUGCGAACGAGGGAGGGGCGGCAUAGGGGUGCAGGUUUGGUAGAGGCAAGGGUGCAGUGGGGGCAGUAGCGGUGGGAUGGGCUACUCGGGUGCGCGAGGUGUACUGAAGCGGCCGACGGGAUAGAAUUCGGAAGGAGUAGAGGGUUUGGACAAGGUCGGAGUCGCUGAGACCUAGUUGUCGUGCCACGUGCGCGCUAAUGGCCAUAUGAGCAUGUGCGUAACCAUAGCCCUUGCGGCAUUUACACUGCUGUUAUACUUUUGAUAUUUCUGCCAAAGUAUUUGUUGUCAGAUGCUGGCGCUACCUUGUGCAAUUGCGGACUGUAGAAGAGGGCCCCAAAUCCCCGUGGUUACGUAAGCAUGUAGGGCUUCAUUGCCAAUAGAUCAUUCACGGAGCUAUACAAUAUUGUAGCUAAUGGAAAGUAUUGUCGGAUAGGCUGUGUCGUGAGGGCGCCCUUAACCGUGCAUUGUGAGCUUCGUCGGGUUAGUUACGGUACGUCAGAAUAGCAAGCCGGCCAGCCGGCACACCGUGUCGCGUCAAACCUGACCAGCUUCAUUCUAUAUGAUAGUUCCCCUCUGUAGAUGAAUGCCUUUAGCGCCAGACUGACACUGUACCACUUUUGAUGCAGAGGAAGCUCCAGAGGCGCCACCAACAUUUCCUGAUAUUUGACAGCAGAAUUCGGAAAAACACAAAGCCAUCUAUAGCUACGGUUGCGCGUCUUGUAAUUCUUUCCCCAUGCAAUUAUCGUUGGCGAACAACUGUACGAGGGCCUCCUUGCCUGGACGUUCCUCCACUCACACAGGAAUCGUGCUCCUUAUUAUCAUACGUUUAACUUAUUUCUGCACAUGUUUAGCAUUGCGCCGUGAAAGCUAGAUGAAACCGAAAUAUAGCAUGGUUGGCCGGCUAUCGUAGGCGCCCCGCCGCAAGGGAGGUAGGGAUAGCUCCAGCAAUGGAUGACGGGGACAAAAAUGAAACAACUGUCGAGGCGGUGUCGCAAACGGUCGCAUCGAGUCGGCCCCAUUUACCUUUGCUCGAGCUCGGGAGACUGAAGCAACGCACUGAUGAGGCCCCAGCGCAAGCACAGCUACAGGAGGCCAAGCAAAAGGUCGAAUGCUCAACGGCGCCGCCCUCACGGGGUCCCAAAAAGACCAACAAGCGCCACAGGAUGCAAAAUCUACGCCUCGCGCGGUUAUCUCACCUUGACGGCGGCACAAAGGCAAAGGUAUCCCGCAGCGUGCAGACGGCGCAGGUCAAGUCCUGGCUGCACUCCCGCGGCUACGUGGUGAAGGCCGACAAGCUGCAUCCCGCCAUCAGCCGAGUCAUCGCGGAGUGGUUCCGGCUGGUGGACGAGGACCAGUCCAUGACGCUGGAGCACCAUGAGCUGCUGGCGGCGCUGAAGGCGGCGAAGAUUCCCUGCGAUGACGCCACAAUCACCGAGAUGAUUGAAAUGAUGGACAUGAAUCGCGACGGAGUGAUUGACUGGGACGAGUUUGAGGUCUUCAUGACGGAAGAAUUCGCAGCUGGCAAAAACCUGCUGUCUGGAGAGUACCUGCUGCCCUCCGGACUUGCGAUAAACUUUGGUGUCAUGAUCGGCAAGCUCAAGCGAGACAAGCUGCUGGGCGAUGUGAUGAAGGAGGGCCAGCAGAGGAAGAAGUGGGCGGACAUUGCGCGCGACCCGCAUGCCUUGGGUCGGGAGCUCGCGGUCAUGCAGGAAGCGACUGAGGCCACCAGUUUGACGCUGGACCAUGUGAAGCGCGCGGAUGCGGGCGCGGAGGACGCGAACUCGCCGCGGGCGCAGGCGACGGCUGCGCUGCUGCAGGCGAUUGAGCAGGAUCACAGCAGGAAGAAGCGAUCGAGCAGCAUUGCACGGGCCCCCACUCGCACCGAGUCUCGCAUGCAAGCCUCCAGCCUCACCGACCCGCUCGUCCAUCUCACCACCAGCAGCGGUGCCACCGAGUCCGGCUCCCUGCCUCCCGCCCUCACCCUCACCGGCAGCGGCGGCCUGCCGGUAACCCAGCGCAGCACCCUCGCCCUGCCUAGCUUCCGCUCCAAUCCCGCAACUGGCGCCGGCGGCCCAGCCUCCCUCCUCUCUCCACCCGCCAGUCCCCGGCCGCAGCUGUCCAUGGUGCCUCAGGCGCCGCCGCCGCCGCCAACGGCGCCGGCGGGAACGCUUGCCGGCGGGCUACCGUCCCCGCCGCCAGGGCUGCCUACAUGCAUGCCAGAACGCCGCGCAGGUGUUCACAGCGGCCGCUUUGAAGCGGCGGAGGCGGCCCUGCCUCCUGGCGAGCUGUUGUCGUCUGACGAUCUGCAACCUGCGUACGUCCAGGACGCCAAAAACGCGGCAUACCGGCUUUUCGGUCGCGGCGGAGGCGGCGGAGGCGGCGGGCUGUGCCAGGCGCCCUCAUCGCCGGAACUUGCGCCACCGUUGUCGGCCAACGCGUCAUCGCUGCCGCCGGGUUUCAUCCUCCACCGGGGCCGCCUGCUUCGCACCGGAUCCCACCACGCUCAAACCAGCGCCGGUGGUGGCGGCGCCAGCCGUCAUCCAUCGGCGCUGGCAUCGGCGUCGGCGGCCGUACGCAGUUUAUUGUCGCCGCUACCGUCGCCGUCGUGUGAUGGCGAUUCCAGCAACGGCAGCAGCAGCGGCGGCGGCAGCGGCUAUACCGCAGCGGUGACGGCGGCAGCCAUGUCCAAAGCAAUGUCCGGCGCCCACCGCAAUUACAGCAGCUUCCUGACGCCCCAGCAACGCCCGCAGUCGCGCUCCCAGUCCCCACGUCCAGCCCACAUGCCCCAGCUAGAGCCGCAGCCGCAACAUCAUCGAGGCCACAUGCUCCGUCCAGACCUCGCUUCCAGUCGCUUUCUUGACACCCACGCCACCUACCAUUCUCCGCCCAUGUCGCCCAUUUCCGGAGCUCCUGAUGCGCCGCCCUUCACCGCCUACGCGUCACCGCAGCCGUACAGCCGAAGUGGUUCCAUACCCAGCAGCGCCUUUCUGCCUCCCGUCGGCGCUGGCAGCACCGUUACGCACUCUGCCUCACUGCCAACCACCUACAGCGGCAUGUUACCCAUCUUGCCCAACCCUGCUCAGCUUGCCGAGUAUUUGGAAAGCGCGGUGGGCUCGGCUCGCGUGUACAAAAGGAGCGAGAACGGAGCUGGGCCCGGCAGUGGCAGCGGCUGUGGCAGCGCUGGCGGCGCCGGCGGUGGCGGUCGCACAUUGGUCGGCGCGACGGCGGCGGCGACGGCGUCGUUUUCAAAGCGCGGCGGCACGGCAGGGGCGACGGAGGCAGGAGGUGCUGGCGUCGCCACAUGGAGUUCAGCUCCGGUGGUCUUUGCGGCGACGGCGGCGGCGGCACCUGGCGGCGGCGGCGGCGACACGGUUUUGCGUCAUGGAAACGAGCAAGGGGUGUCGCAAAGCGGCGGCGCUACAGGACCGCUGCAUCAUCCCCGCCCGCCGCUGUACCCCUCGGCGCCCAUUCCUCAUCACCAUCCGCAACCCCGCCCGCCGCCGCCGGCCGCAAGCGCAGCAGCGGCGGCGGCGGCAGCGGGGUCGCUGUACGGCGGCAGCAGUGUCAGCCGGCUGCAUGCAACCCCCGCAACCUUCAGUGGCUACGCCGGCGGGCCCCUGCCGCGUGACCCCGCGAUGCUGCUGUCGGAACGGAAAGCACUGGUGCGCGCGGCAACGGCGGGCCAUGGAAGCGUGUGGAAUCAGAACUGCGCCGGCGGCGGUACGGCUUUGGGCGGUUCGGACAUGGCUCACGUGCCGAUGUGGGCAAGUGCUGCAGCGGUGGCGAUUGCCUCGUCUCAUGACUCUUCGACCCCUCAAGCUCCCAUGCUGCAUGCAACCGCGCCACAUGAGCCGCAUUACCUUAUACAACCAGAGAACAGUACCAACAACAACAACAGCAACAACAGUACGACAAGGGCAGCCUCGGAAUGGAUAUCCUACACGCGCGUUCCUGCAAGCUCUGUGGGCCCCACGCCUGUCGCGACGCCUGCGAUGCAUACGCACUACACCUUCCGCUCCGACUCGCCGCCACCCAUGCCGACGGCCGACGGCUCCUCCAACCUCGUGGGCAUGUCAUCUUUGGCGGACCUUGGAGCCACCGCAGCCGUGGUCACGGCGGCACAGAAGGCGGCCAUGGGUAGCAGCGGCGGCGGCGCCGGCAGCAGGGGCCUGCAGCCAAUACCGGGCAGCUCGUCUUUGCGGUCUGCGACCAUGCCUCGGUCAAGCGUGCAUGCACUCGCCGCCUCGACGGCGGCUGGGUUCGGUAGGGACCGCAGCGUCAGUGGCAGCGGUGGCGGCGAUGGCGGCAUCGUCGCCUGUAAGCCUGCCACUCAUGAUUGGGACCAUCGUAACGCCAAGUUCAAUAGUUACAAUGACAACACCGGUGUCUUUGAAGGCGGCCACAACGCCAGUCACAGUACGACAGCAGUGGAGGUUGUUUCCCCCUCACCCUCUCCGCUCCUAUGGGAAAUGUCCAGCACUGGCAUCUGGCCGCAGCCUCCCAGCCAUCCGCCUCAGCCGGGGCAGUGCAAGGAUGGUCAGCAGGCAGCAGCUUACCUUCGAGGUGCCAUCAGCGACCCCCUGACGGAGCUCAGUGCGCCAAAGCCACAGCCGCUUGCGGCCGCGCCGGUAGCGGCGCCGCUGGCAACAUCGUCGCCGCCGCUUGGGGGCCAGAACUCGGCAGCCGAAGGCUCCGCUGACAAGUUGCGUGGCGGCUGCCGGAGCCCGACUGGCGUCAGCGCGCCCGCAGCGGCAGCGGCGGCGGCGCCAGUGCCUCGGGGUGCCGGAGUCGCUUCCGACGGCAGCAGGAGAGUGGUUCGCGGACCGUCCUACCUGCGGACGGUAGCGGCGGCGGCGGAUGCGGCGGCGGCGGCGGCGCCUAGGGGAACGGCUUUGGGGCUGGUUCCGUCGCCCCCAUCCAGCGGCGCCCCAACGCUGUUUCUUGACCGGUUCAGUUCCAGGCCGGGACUAGGACUGGCGGGAUCGGGAUCCGGAUCGGGGUCGCCACCGGCCUGUGGGCGGGGAAGCGGCAGCGGAGAUGUUUUGCCGGCAGCAGCCGCUGCUACUGCCACCGCCGCUGCAGCUUCUUUUCCUGUCGUGCAUAGUGACGGGCGUGCGUCGGAGGGCGCUGGCGCUACUUCGCCUGAGGUGGGCUGCGGCAGCGGCAGCGGUGGAGGCGGCGGCGUUCGUCAAGGCAGGCGGUUGGCUGGAACUCCCGUGGGGCCGGUUGCAGGGUAUCAUGGGCAGCAGGCGCCUCGGCCCCCUCCCAGCGGAUCCCGCCCCCGCGCACCUGCGGUUGGUGAUAAGGAGGUAGGUGCUCGGGAGGUUUGCUGCAUGGGCGGGCAACGGGCUGCAGCGGGCAGCGGAGUGUCUGUUUGUGGCUUUUUUGAUUUGCAGGUUAAAGGUAACCGGGCGGCAGUGAUGCGUGCGGAGGCCAGGGCGCGUACUGCGGUUGUAAAGAGCCUGUCAUCAACCUAAACAGGCAUGCAGCUGCGGCCAGUCUGCUGCAAUUGCGACUCUCCAGACAGCUCCAAGAGCUCGAGUCGAGACGGAUGUGAUUUAAAAGGAGGUAAACUGAGGUCAAGAGUCGCGCAGCGCUCCGGGUUUGCAGGUGUUGUUGUUCUACAUCUCUCUAUUUGGUUUUGGGCCUU